UCUGUGAGUCCCGCUCUGCCCAAGGUGGAGAAGACAUUUCCCUGACAGAGAAGGGACUUGAUGCGGCACAAGACAGUGGCAAGAAAAUUUGUAGCUGUUUUAUACGUUAUUACCCAGGAAGAUCCUACAGUGAAACCUGUGAGACAGAGAGAUUCUGAAGCAAACCUAUCCCAGCCCGGCUUCGGUAAAUACUUGGAUCAGGCCGCUGGAAGGAAGGUGAGUGCCAACGGGAAGGUCCAGCAUCCCACAGUGAUGAGUGAGACGACUGAAAUGUAUUUUACUGAGAAUGAGACCAGCCCAGGGCCUGACGAGGAAAUCGACUGGGCUGGAUGCCCAAUAGAUGUAACUGUUGUGACCAUUGACAGCAUCACCCUGCUCCUCUGCCUGUUUGGGUUGGUGGGAAACGGGAUCGUCCUCUGGUUCCUCAGCUUCUGCAUUAAGAGGAAUGUCUUCACUGUCUACAUCCUCAACCUGGCUGCUGCGGACUUUGGCUUCCUCAUCUUCCUGCCUGGUUUCCUUAUAACCUCUAAUGCCGAACAGCACUUUUGUGUUGCUUCAUGGGGGCCAACCUUAAAGAACACGUUUCUGGUGCUGUCUUUGCUCAUGUACAGCACCAGCCUUUAUUUCCUGACGGCCAUCAGUAUGGAGAGGUGUGUGUCUGUCUUCUUUCCCAUCUGGCACCGCCGCAGCCGCCCAACGCAUCUGUCUGCCAUCAUCUGUGCCCUGCUCUGGACUCUCUCCUGCCUGCUGUCAGGAAUAGUGUAUUCUUUGUGUCUUGUGGAUGGAACAGAAUAUUGCUUGUACAGAUUCCUACCCGUGUACGGUCUGAAUUGCCUCAUUUUUGCUCCCAUCAUGGUGGUGUCCAGUCUGGUCCUGUUUAUCAAGCUCCGACGUAGCCUCCAGUUCCGCCACCCAGGAAAGCUCUAUGUCGUUAUCCUGCUCACCGUCUUCUUCUUCCUCGUCUUUGCUGUUCCCCUCAGUGUGCAAUAUUUCCUCGACCUUAUUGAGCAUAGUCUCACUAAUGAGUUCUCUUACCUACUGGCCUCUAUCAACAGCUGCAUCAACCCAGUUAUUUACUUUGUUGUUGGGAGCUACAGGCAGUACCGACUCAGAGGCUGUCUCCUGGUCGCACUGCGGGCCAUCUUUGAAGAGAAGACAGAUUUCAGUGAGGAUGGAGAAAUCUCUAGACAAGACACAAUGAGGACGGCUAUUUAAAUCUC